UUUACGUUUUGUUAAAGGAGAGGAAGAGGAAUUUCUCUUGACUUAGCGAUUUGUUUGCGUUAAUGUGGAUGGUGAGCACGCGACGUCAUGCUAGCACGAAGCGUCUUCAGAUUUUUCACAUCAGCUAGGAGUGCAUGGGUCAAGAUACAGGGAGGACCUCAGUUCAUUCUUACCCAAUUUGUCAAGUUUUACCUCAGUCUGUCUUACAUCCAGUAACGUGACUUGAGAUGGUAAAUAGACGGAUCUUCGUGAUUAUUUUGGAGCAUUCCCCUGAACCGAUGAUGAACGGAAGAGGAAAGCAACAAACAUAUACCAAUGAGACUAUCUGGGGACACCAAAGGACUCCACGUGUCAUUCAUGAAUCCUUACAGACUGCAGAUAAUCGAGAAGUAACAUGACAGGUCAUUCCAGUGGGCUUCCGGAACCAUACAGUCACAUGACACCAGCGUUUAAGCUAUACCCCCAUACAGGACCUACACAACCGAUGAAAUCUGUCCUGAAAAUGCGAACAACAUCAACAUCUGUUCCACUCCAGCGAGAAAAUACAAGGAAGACGCAAUGCUUCUUACACAAACACAAAAUGCUUUAUUGAGACAGCAUGGACCAUAGACCAGCCAUAAGAGAACAUGGACCAUAGACCAUCCAUACGACAGCAUGGACCAGCACUGUAGAUAUCGAGAAGAGCUAAAUAGGAUUUUAUAAAACAAACAAUGGGGACAAAUGUGCUGUUAAACAAUUAAUGUUUCACGACAUCUUAUUUAAGCUUGCACCAACUCAUCAGUGUUCCUUCCCGCCAACUAAUGGAGAUGUAAUUGUAGGAAUCAACAAGUCUAUUUGUAUUGCCAACCCCAUCUUUCCUUGGAUGACAAAAUUUGCGCAAAACCCCACGAAGAAGAAUCACAGCGCCGUGUCAUUUGAUGAAUGCAGGAGCGACAAGAAAACCCCGCUGGGAAUCAUUGCCAAAAAGAGCACGCAGUGCUUAUACAAGUGCCCAGCUAGUAGAGCUACUUCAGACGUUAUUUAUGCAGGAGGAGGUGUGUGGAAAUGGCCUGUUUACUCCAACAUAUAGUGAGAAGCAGAUAAAAGCCUGCGGCUUUAGAAGGGUGCCUUAUAGCAGAACCAUCUUUAUCCAGCAACCCACCACUACUGCUUCAAAUAAACAUGAUUAGUUGUUUGAAAGCAGUGGCUGAAACCUUUGGGUAGCCUAUGGACUCUCCACUGGUUAUCAUACAGACGACAAUUUUUUUUCUUUCUUUUUGUACAUUAUCGUGUACUUUGCUUUUUACUAAAGAUUUAGUUUAGUUUCUUUUGACCGAGAGUGCGUUUAAUGUCGAAUAUUCUCAAGUCCCCGCCAAACAAACGAUUACACACAAAAUUAACAUUAAUGGAACAUAAAUUAAAAUGUAUUUUUAGUUUACUGUUACUAAAUCCCUUUAGUUCUUGAGAUUUGGAACAUUUGUUGGCUGACAAUUUAUUAAAGGUAUGCUUAGCAAUUUUCAUUUGUAACCUGCUAAUCGUCAGCUUUUGACUUUAAUUCAAAAUUUCUUCUAUAGCGCUUUUCAUAAUUUUUAUACUCCCAGUUACCGAUGGAAUCAAAAUGUUUGUCACAUGUAAGCUAAUAAAUGCAGAGACAAUAACAAUAAAACGUAAGGGGCUUUUAGGAAACAUUAAGAAAACCAAAAAGUUAUGUUUCCUUUCGGUUUUGAGCUAAAUAUUCUAGCGUUAUAAUUUUGCUCUGUUGUAAAUUGGAAAUUAUUUCUAAACUAUCUUUUAAAUAUAAAAUAGGUUGGUCCACCAGCUGGAGGAUACCUGGAAAAAACAAAUCUGUACUUUUCCAAGUCAUUGAUCCAGGUUUCUUGCGACGUCUCCAUUUGCCCUAUAGCCGUCACAAUUUUAAAUUCGUUUUGAAAAUUUCUGUACUGUCUUUAAUUCACAUUCAGUCAGCUCAAGAACCAACACAUCGAGAGUUCAUCAGAUUGAUGGCUGGAUUCGAUUGAUGUGUUUGUCAUGUAAAUGCCAAUCGUUUGAUGGACACCUGCAACGCCCAGAGUGCUACCGCAGGUCGCACACUAUUGGUGCAAAAUCAGUCACAUGAUCUGUCACUUAACCGAUAUGAGCACGGAUAGAACUUUGUGUGGUUUGACAUACUGCUUAGAGGUUGUAGGGGCACUGGGACCACACAUCAGCGUAUAUUGACCCUGCUUAAUCAAUUUUGCUUGGUCAGUCAACAAUGAAUUCCUACUUAGAUUAUACGAUUUAUAACCGUGGCGGUAACACUUACAGUUCGAAGGUUGGGUGUUUUCCUAUGGAGCAAGAAUACUUGCCAAGUGCUUGUGCAAGUACAAAUAAUUACAUUCCCGAGGGACGACCAGUCGGAGGCAACACUUUUCCAACGGCACCGCUCGAAACUCAUGGCACAACUUAUUCACAACUUCAGUCGCAGCCAUACCACGUGAACAUGGACAUGGCCAAAACUGGACACAACAAUUUUUGCAAGCAAACCCGACCUCACUCGGACUAUGGACACGUUCUCACUCAAGCAGAUGACCACAUGCGUCUGCAGUCCCCUGCGUUUUCUGUUGUUAACAUGGGAUCCAACAUCGGAGCAUACAGUGAAUCUAACUGCAGGCCAGGAUCUGUUUCUGCAAGCCAUUAUCAGCCUUAUCCCUAUGGAGAACAUGAAUCACAAAGCUACGGUUCGUUUAACAAGUACCAAGUCUCUGCUGAGAGUGACAGCGACUCCAAGACUAAUAUCAAACAAGCGCCAACGUUUGACUGGAUGAAAGUCAAGAGAAACCCACCUAAAACAGUCAAAGCUGCUGAAUACGGAAUCCACGGCCAGCAGAAUAUAAUCCGAACCAACUUUACCACCAAACAGCUUACCGAACUUGAGAAGGAGUUUCACUUCAAUAAGUACCUGACCAGGGCGCGCAGAGUGGAGGUGGCCGCCACCCUUGAACUCAAUGAAACGCAGGUUAAAAUUUGGUUUCAGAACCGCAGAAUGAAGCAGAAGAAGCGCGAGAAAGAGGGCACGGCACCGCUCGCAAAACGCGCGACUCUUUGCUCUGCUGGUGAAAGCGCAGAUAACUCAAACUCGUCUUCCCCUGGUGCUUCACCUACUUCAGACUCCUCUGUUGCCGUUUGACUUGCCUGUGUGACAAACGAACUCAUAAGAGGUUUUAUGAUCGUGCUGUGGAGCUACUUAACUUAUUAUGCUGUCUUGGACAUAGCAUUGAAUAUGAGCUGAUGUAUGCAUGUUUGCUUUUUAUAUAAAACAUCAAUUCUGCUGCAUUUGUUUCAAAUGAACAAACAUACAUUACGCUUAACAGUCCAAAGCGAGACUUUUCAGGUCGAUGUCUUAUUUUGCACUACAGAUUCGUACCUCUUUUAAAAAAAGUGACAAUGAAUGGCAUCUUCAUGUAUUUGAGAACAAUCUGGCCUGUGAAGUUCUAAUAAAUAAAUAUUUUAUUUUUCUGAAAUAAGCUUGUGCUUUCGAGAUGAGGGAACGUGUCAAUUUAUUGAUUUUCUUUUAAUUAAAGGCUCUUAAUGAUA